GCUGCGCUCAGCCAGCAGAAACGUGUCAUUCAGUGUAGGAGAGUUGGUUUUGAGGCAAAAUGUGAGGAGUCAACAAAGAAAAGGGGGUAAGUUGGAGCCCAACUUUCUUGGACCUUUCAAAAUAUCAGCCCUCCAGGGAAAGAGUGCUGACCUUAUUUCAGAAAAUGGAGCACUGUUUAAAAAUAUCAGUAUCGACCAUCUCAAACACUUCAAACCAGAAAAUCCACGAAUUCCACAUAAGAUGACCACACAAAAAACAGAAAAUCCAACAUCUGCUCCUCCAGCCCCUCCGACCACCUCUCCUCCAGCCUCUCCUCCAGCCCCUCCGACCACCUCUCCUCCAGCCCCUCCGAUCACCUCUCCUCCAGUCCCUCCGACCACCUCUCCUCCAGCCCCUCCGACCACCUCUCCUCCAGCCUCUCCUCCAGCCCCUCCGACCACCUCUCCUCCAGCCUCUCCUCCAGCCCCUCCGAUCACCUCUCCUCCAGUCCCUCCGACCACCUCUCCUCCAGUCCCUCUGACCACCUUUGCUACAGUCCUUCCAACCACCAUGUCUGACACGAUUUCAACAGUUUUAAACAAGGUGUGGGGAGGAACACAUAAAGACACAUAUGUCCUACUGUCGAAGAUUGGACCCUACAAAUUAUUUAGCUCGGACUUUGCCAGAAUUUGUCCGGGACAGGAGCUGGAGAGUGAGGUUAUUAAUGCCUACCUACAUCUGAUGGUUAAUAACUACAAUAGGAAUCAUCAGGAAAAAGCCAGAGUAAUUGACAGCUUUGAAAUGUCACGGAUUUGGCUCAAAAAAAGUUCCAGGUUAAAGAUUGAUCCAGAAAAGUUCAAGAUAAUAGUGGGUAUUGUUAAUGAAAGUCACCAUUGGAUGCUAGUGGUAAUUUAUCCACUUGAAAAAAGGACAGUUUUCCUUAACUCACUUGGAGAGUCCCAAAAGGAUGUGAAGAGGUGCUUGGAAGCAACAAGGGCAUUUAUGAGAAGCAAAGGGAUGAAAGUCUCCAGGUGGAAAUGUGAAACUGUCACCCAUGCCAUCCAACAAGACAUGGUUUCUUGUGGUGUGUUUGCACUUAAAUUUGCAGAGUGCAUACUGGAAAACAAGGACCUGAACUUUCCAUCGACAGCAGAAGCUGUUAAAACCAUGCGACUCGACAUUUCUUCCACACUUCUUUCUGAAUCAGAGUCAGUGGAGAACCUCUGCAGACACUGUGGCAGUGAGGACAAAGGUCAUUUGUGGAUCGCAUGUGACAGAUGCAACUGGUGGUACCACCAAGACUGCAUUAACUUCAAACAAACCAACACAGACUACUGCUGUGAAAUGUGUUUGUAGAUUUAAUGUUUGCAGCAAUAUUCAUCAUAAAUGACUGCAGUUCAGUAGAUUAGUAGUUUAAACUUGACAAUUUUUUUUCACGUAACUGGUUUUCCAAAAAUU